AACUUCCGCCAUGGACUGACCUCACAUUAAAUUCAGGAAUUGGAUUUAAAAGUUGUUGGGCAGCUGCUGCAUUUACUAAUAAUGAUAAUUAUUCGACUAUUUACCUAAUUGCUGGAAUAAUGCGAGAUCAAAAUCAAGUAGAUGCUUUUACUUCUCUAGUAUAUGCAUUUAAUUUGAGAUCAGGACAAUGGAAUAUACCAGUAAUGAAAGGAAAAAUUCCAGAUAGACGUAGGGAAUUUCAAGCUGUUGCUGAUGAUUUUGGAAAUAUUUAUGUUUUUGGCGGAGGUGCCGAUCAUUAUAUAGGAUCAACAAAUGUUCAAUUUCUUAAUGAUAUGGCAAUAUUAAAUACUAGUGAUUUAAUAUGGUCUUAUGGUCCCAUUAUUAAUGCCCCUUUACCACGAGUUGGUUAUACUGCGACAAAAUUAUCAAAUGGUGUUAUUGUGUAUAUUGGAGGCCGUGAGCGUAUCAAUG